AUAUGUUGCCCGGCCGUCCAAAAAGGAGAAGAUCCAAUGGGUGCGUUGAAGAACACAGUGCUUCUCUCCUCGCAAGCUUCACCUACAGCAACUCGAUUCAUCCCGAGCAGCUGCGACAAAAGAUCUAGCCUCGCCAAUUCCAGUGCCGGCGCUGCGUGUAUCGGUAAGCAAGAUCAUUCCAGGCUGCGCGUUCUUGUGGGUUCCGCUGCCCUAGCGCUUCAAAUCUCUGCGACGAGCGCUCUUCCUCUGGCCGAUCAUCACUUCAUCAGAGCUGUGGCGUCGCGGCCACUAGAAGCUUCAAUUCAAGGUUUUUCUCUGGUCCAACAAGUGUUCUUGGCAUCGCCAGAGCCCAGCAUUCCGGAUCCGAAUCUGCCACCCCCGACGCCCACAUUUCCACCGUCGAUCCAGCCCGAAAUCUCGCCGACCAUUUCCCCGGCGGAAAUCCCAGGCACGCCAGAAGCACCGGGCAUUGUCACACCGCCCCUUGAAGUACCUCCACCAGACUUCACCCCACCGGGGGAUAUUCCCUCCAUACCCACGGAGCUCCCCCCAGAUUCCAUCCCAGGUGAGUCCCCAAUUCCCCAAGUCCCACAAGAGUUCCCCUCUGGCCCGGCACAGCCAGAGAUCACGCCUCUGUCAAGCCCGCCAGAGUUUAUGCUAAGUGGUGUGUUAAGUGGAGUCACGGUGGCCUCAACCAGGGCUCCUCCCAUCAUCCCUCCAAACACUCCUCCCAUUACACCACCCGGGAAUCCACCACCUUUUCCAACACCUUCAACGCCUCCUAUUCCACCGCCUGGGGCUCCAAUGCCUACUCCUCCACCCCAAACCCCACCGAUUCCUCCAGGAUCAAAAGAUCCCAUCCCGGAUCCUGUUCCAAUUCCUCCGGAGCCAGGCACCCCUCCCACAAUACCAACUGCUUGUAUGGGGAAAUUAACAAGCAGUGAGAUUUAAAUUCAAUUUCACAAAGUUCUAAAAUUGCAUAAUACCUUUAUAAAUAAAUUUUUAAUGAAGUUUUGCAAAAAAAAAACCUAAUAAAAGUUCUGGAUCAA